CUGCGCUGCUUCCAUCUCGACAGAACUCUCGUCUUUCUUCACACGACGUUUGAAUGACGCUGCGUAGAUUAUAAACCAGGACCUAGACGCACCACAGAGACGCGAUGAAGCUCAUCAGCAAGAACAUCGAGAAGGACGGGUCGGGCUCCGUCGUCCUCCUCCCCGAGGACGAGGAGGACAUGUGGCACGUGUACAACCUCAUCUCGGAGGGGGACGAGGUGCAGGCCAAGACGGACCGCAAGGUGCACACGCAGAGCAGCACGGGCACGACGACGUCGUUCCGCGUGCAGCUGAAUCUGACCAUCAUUGUCCGCAAGACAAUGUUCAGUGCGGCCGCGUCGACCGAGACGAACGGGGACAAGAGCGAGGCGCGCGCGGUCAUGAGCAUCACAGGCCAGGUGACCGAGGCGAACGACUAUGUGCGCGUGGGCGCGUACCACACGCUGGAGCUUGAGAAGGGGCGCAAGUUCCGCCUGACGAAGGCGACCGGCUGGGACUCGGUCGCGCUCGACCGCAUCGCAGAGAGCACGCGCGAGGGCCGCGGCGCGGAGAUCGGCGCCGUCGUCUGCGGCGAGGGGACCGCGGCCAUCUGCCUCCUGUCCGAGCACAUGACGCUCGUGCGCCAGAGGAUAGACUGCGCCGUGCCGCGUAAGCGGAGCGGCACGUCGGCGCACGACAAGGCAAUGGCAAACUUCCUCCAGACGACGUACCAGGCCAUCCUGCGCUUGAUACCCUUCGAGUCGCUCAAGGCGGUGGUGAUCGCCUCGCCAGGCUUCACAAAGGACACGCUCUACGACUACAUCUUCCAGCAGGCGACCGAGACAAACAACAAGGCGCUGCUCGCCAGCCGCCCAAAAUGGGUCAAGGUGCACUCGAACACGCCGCACGUGCACUCGCUCGUCGAGGCGCUGCGCGACCCGGGCGUGGCGCGCAUGUUGCAAGGAGCGAAGUUUGCGCGCGAGGGCCUGGCCCUGGACAAGUUCGUUGAGCUGUCCUACAAGUUCCACAAGAUGCUGGCGUCCGACGAGCUGCGCGCAUGGUACGGCCCCGAGCACGUCGCGCUAGCUGUCGACCGCGGCGCGGUCGGCACGCUGCUCAUCUCCGACGACCUGUUCCGCGCCGCCGACCCAGCCAAGCGCAACAAGUAUGUCCAGAUGGUCGACGACGUGCGCGCGCGCGGCGGCGAGGCCAUCAUCUUCUCGUCGAUGCACGAGAGCGGCGUCCAGCUCAACCUCCUCACUGGUAUUGCGGCGAUCCUGACCUACCCCCUUGAUAUUGAGGUCGUCGAGAUGGAGGAGCGCGAGGAGAAGGAGCGGCUGGAGCGUGAGGCUGCCGCCGCGGCUGGCACACCCAUCGACAGCGACUAG